AUGGUCAUUCAGCAAGAAGAUGAAAUGAACAAGGCUUUGCAGAAAUAUUUCUCCACCGAAGACUUCGGCGUUAAGGUAGUCAAGAAUCUACCAAAAUCAGCUGAAGAAGAAAAGGCUGAACAAAUUCUAAGAAGUACUAUGAAAUACAAGGAUGGUAGAUACGAAGUUGGACUUCUAUGGAAAGAUGAGGAAACGAAAUUUCCAAAUAGCUACAACAAUGCAGCAAAGAGGCUGACAACGAGUGAGAGAACGUUAAAAAAAGACCCAGAGUUGAAAAAAUGGGCAAUAGAAACAUUUGCGGAUUACGAGAAGAAAGGCUACAUCCGCAAACUGUCAGAGGAAGAAAUUAUGAAGCCGAUAUCAAGAGUGUAUUAUCUUCCACACUUUAUUGUGCACAACAAAAAUAAGUUGCCACCUAAACCAAGGUUGGUUUUCGAUGCGGCGGCAAAGAUACAAGGUGUAUCGUUCAACACGGAACUGUUAUCAGGGCCGGAUGCUACUACGUCAUUGUUCGGUGUUUUAGUAAGAUUCCGAGAAGGAGCAAUUGCUGUAUGUGGAGACAUCAAAGAGAUGUUCCACCAAGUACGAAUCCGAGCUGAAGAUCAACACGCUCAGAGAUUCUUAUGGAGAGAUUGUGAUAGCAGUAAGAAACCUGAUGUAUACGUAAUGCAGGUGAUGACAUUCGGAUCAACCUGUUCACCGUCAUGUGCACAAGCGGUUAAAAACCACAACGCAGAAAAAUUCAGAAAAUAUUGUCCAGUGGCGACUGAAGCAAUCAUCAAGCAACACUACGUCGACGAUUAUUUGGAUAGUUUCGAAGAGCUUGAUAAGGCAGCAGAGAUAGUACUACAUGUUAUGAAAAUUCACGAUCACGCGGGUUUCCACAUCAGAAACUUUGUGUCAAACAGCAGAGAACUUCUGCAAAGUUUACCCUCGGAACGUGUACAAAUUUCCGGAAUCAAAAUGUUCGAAGAAAAGGAUUCAAUGACAGAAAAGGUACUUGGUGUAUAUUGGAACACCACGUCUGACACACUCGGCUAUCAAAUCAAAUUAGACAAGCUAGGAAGUGAUGUUACACAAAUGCUACGUUUACCAACAAAGAGAGAGGUACUAGCUUUCGUGAUGAGUGUCUACGAUCCACUUGGACUCAUCUCAAAUAUAACUGUGCAUGGAAGAAUCCUCAUGCAAAGGCUGCACAUAGAAAAUAUAGAUUGGGAUGACGAAAUUCCCGAGAAGUUGCAGUCAGACUGGCAACACUGGUUAGAAAUUAUUGAAUCUGCUGAUAGCGUAACGAUACCAAGAUACAUCCUCGAAGAAAGAACAGGUGAAGUAGAACUACACACCUUUGUAGAUGCUUCUGAGAAAGCAUUUUGUGCAUGUGUGUACGUAAGAAGUAUAUCUGGAAACACACCACACGUAAGACUUCUAUCAGCAAAGUCUAGAGUAGCACCAGUCAAACCAUUGAGCAUACCACGCCUAGAGCUACAAGCGGCCGUGUUAGGAAGCCGAUUAACCAAAACGAUAAUAGAUGAAACGAGGUUGAAAAUCGUCAGCAAAACAUUUUGGAGUGAUUCACAGACCGUAUUGUCAUGGAUCAAGAGUCCAAAACGAAGAAGCGUAUUUGUGAUGCAUCGAGUAGGUGAAAUCCUGGAAGAUAACAGGAAAAAUGAAUGGCGAUGGGUGCCAACAGAUGAAAAUCCAGCCGAUGAAGGCACAAAGGAAAAGCUAGGAAAAUCACAAUGGUUUGAGGGACCUGAUUUCCUAAAGCUCUCAGAAUCGUCAUGGCCUUCCAUUGAAGAGAAGGAAACAGACGAAGAGUUGAGAGAAACAGUGCUAGUUCACGAAGAACUAAGCAAACUUAGUUUCAUCGAUAAGUACAAGGAAUACUCAGAUUGGUGGAAAUUGGUGAAGAACCUUUGUGUAUUAAACAGGACAAAGGAAAGAUUACGUCGUGGAUAUAUUCCAGACAUUGAGUACAAGGACUACCAAAGAGCUGAGAACGUGCUCUAUAGAAAGAUGCAAUGGGAAGCAUUUCCAACAGAGAUGGAAACUUUAUUCAAUGGCGGAACAAUAUCGUCAGGACCAUUGGUCAGUUACGCACCCUUCCUAGACGAGGCAGGGGUAAUGAGAAGUGGAGGACGUUUGAAGAAAGCCAUGUCAGUACCAUGGACUACAAGAACGCCAAUAUUGCUCCCACAAAAGCAUCCAUAUACAUAUUUGAUCGUGAAAGCAACACACGAAAGAUAUUUCCACCACGGCGAAAACACCGUCAUAGCAGCAUUACGGCAGAAGUAUUGGAUACUGCAUAUAAGAACAGUAUUAGCAAACGUCAAGAAGAAUUGCAAUAGGUGCAAAAUACGACGUGCAACUCCGGUAGAGCCGAUGAUGGCAGAUUUACCACAUUUCCGCACAGAAGCGCAUAUACCUCCAUUUACAAACUGCGGAGUAGAUUACUUCGGACCUUUCGAAGUAGCGGUAAAGAGAUCGCUCGAGAAGAGAUGGGGCGUCAUAUUCACCUGUCUCUCAACAAGAGCAGUACAUAUUGAGAUGGCAGAAAAUCUCAGUACUGAUGCGUUCAUGGUCGUGUUAAGGAACUUCCAGAACCGAAGAGGAAAGGUCACCAGUAUCUACAGCGACAACGGAACGAACUUCGUUGGAGCAGAGCGAGAGUUAAAGUCGCUAGUCAAUGAAAUCAACGAGAAGAUGGGCAAAAAUGAAGCAGCAAAAAUGGAAAUCCAGUGGAGAUUCAACCCACCUUCAGCACCACAUUUUGGAGGCGCUUGGGAGAGAUUAAUAAGAAACGUCAAAGUAGCACUAGCAGAGAUCCUGAAAGUUUGGGGUAGGAGCAAGCCAUCAGCAGCAACGUUGCAAGCUGCAUUCAUCCAAGCGGAAUUUUUAGUCAACUCUCGACCGUUGACACACAUACCAGUCUCCUGCAUCGACGAUGAAGUGUUGACGCCAUUCCACGCGUUAAUAGGAAGAGCAGGAGAGUAUGCCCCACCGUAUGCACCAACGACCAGUCAGUAUGACACAGCGCAAUGGAGACGCAUUCAACAUUAUUCCAAGUUGUUUUGGAACCGAUGGAAGAAGGAGUACUUACCAACUCUGUUAAAGCGUAAUAAAAAUACGCAGAAAGUAGAACCGAUCAAAGUCAACGACAUCGUCUUAAUCACGGACGACGACGCACCACCAGGAAAAUGGCUUAAAGGACGAGUCAUCGAAACGUUUGUGGCGAGCGACGGGCAAGUUCGCCAAGCAAAGAUCCAAACCGCGAAAGGUGUCCUGAAACGACCGGCAGUUAAAAUUGCAGUACUGGACAUUAUCAAGGGAAAUGAUCCAGCCAUCAACUAA